UAGAAGAGAGGCAGGCUCGCUCUAGUAUCACCGCUUCACAGAGUCCUGAUACGCUCACACACGCGCUCUCUCUCUUUUCCCUCACACACUUGUGCGGGAAAGCCGCUCAUCAUCCCUCCUGUCACUGGGACAAUGUGUACAGAGAACCUGAUGACUACUGGCUGGUGACAAUAGAAAACAAAAGAACGAUCCUACGGCAGGAAGAGGGACGCUCCGGUUGGGAUCCUGGAAGCCGAUGCUGCAGCCAGGAGCAUCUGCAGGCUUAAUUGGGCGACUCAACUCAAGCAGCUGUGCACAGCCCACACGCAGAAGCUGAGAGGGACAGCCAGAACCGAGGAUAUACGCUUACGUCGAGCUGAUGUGGACCUACCACCUGUCAAGUUCUAGCCCUGGGUGUGAGGUGCAGUGAUUCAGCCCCAGUAAGGUAGGGAAGGGGCAUGGCGGCUUGUCCACGCCUGUGCUUACCGGGGCUGUUUGUGCUCCUAAUCGCUGCAUCCCUAACACAUGGCCAAAGCUGCCCACAGCGCUGUGACUGUAUCCCUCAUCAGAGAGCCGUGAUGUGCCAGAACAAGCGCCUGGGCUCUAUUCCUGGAGGCAUCCCAACUGACACACGGCUGCUGGAUCUGAGCGGCAACAGUUUGCGCUGGGUGGAAUACAAUGACUUAGCGACUCUUUCGAGACUCGAAGAACUAGACUUGAGUGAGAAUCUCAUCAGCGUGUUGGAGCCGAACGCCUUCUCCAGCUUACUUAACCUGAGAGUGUUGCGUCUGCGAGCCAACCAGCUUAAACUCGUGCCCAUGGGUGCCUUUUCACGUCUCACCAACCUCACUGCCCUGGACUUAAGUGGAAAUAAACUGGUCAUACUGUUGGACUUUACCUUCCAGGACUUAAAGAACCUCCGCAGUCUGGAGGUUGGUGAUAAUGACCUGGUGUACAUUUCAAACAAGGCUUUCCUAGGACUGGUGGGGCUCCGGGAGCUAACCAUCGAGAGGUGCAAUCUGACCUCUAUAACUGGACAGUCUCUUUCCUACCUUCGCGGCUUGGUGACUCUUCGACUACGCUACCUCAGUAUCGCUUCGUUGGAAGAGCAGAACUUUCGCAAACUCGGUGGUCUGCGGGGUCUUGAGAUUGACCACUGGCCCUUCCUAGAGUACAUCUCUCCACACAGCUUCCAAGGUCUCAACUUGUCUUGGCUCUCGAUUACCAACACCAACAUUUCCACCGUGCCUACGGGAGCCCUUCGCAACCUAAUUCACUUGGCAAGCCUCAAUCUGUCUUACAACCCCAUCUCGGUUCUUGAGUCCUGGUCCUUGCGGGAUCUUGUCCGCUUGAAGGAACUGCACCUAGUUGGUACAAACCUGAUAUUGGUGCAACCCUAUGGUCUUGGAGGCCUGCAACAGAUACGAUUGCUCAACUUGUCAAAUAAUGGAUUAGUGACCCUAGAGGAGGGAUCUUUCCACUCAGUCAACACACUGGAGACGUUGCGGGUAGAUGGCAACCCUCUGUCCUGCGAUUGCCGCCUACUGUGGAUCCUGCAGCGCCGGAAGACCCUCAACUUCGAUGGAAAAUCGCCUAUUUGCGCGACACCCGUGGAACUGCGAGGAAAAGCACUCAGUACCUUCUCGGACUCUGCGCUUUUUGACCAUUUCACCUGUCAGCGGCCUAAAAUUCGCAACCGCAAACUGCAACAGCUGACCGCACGUGAAGGCCAAGUGGUGUCGUUUGUAUGUCGAGCCGAAGGAGACCCAACUCCAGUCAUUUUUUGGAUUUCUCCUCAGCGCCGACGUAUCACUACCAAGAGUACUGGGCGAGUGAUUGUUCUACCUGAAGGUACACUGGAGAUCCGUUAUGCCCAGGUAACAGACAGCGGGACUUAUAUCUGCAUUGCAAGCAAUGCUGGUGGCAACGAUACUUACUUUGCCACGCUAACAGUCAGUGGAUUGCCGUUGGAUGGUGCUCUGGCAGCCAAUCGCACCUACUAUGUGGGUGAUCUAAAUGACACAAACUUAAAUGACACCCGUGUCUUUCUAAAAUUCACAUUGGACCUCAAGACCAUCCUGGUGUCCACAGCAAUGGGCUGCAUCAUGUUUUUGGGCGUUGUGCUUUUCUGUUUCAUUCUCUUAUUUGUAUGGAGCCGGGGACGAGGUCAGCACAAGAACAAUUUCUCAGUUGAGUAUUCAUUCAGAAAGGUAGAUGGCCCCGCUGCCAGCGGGGGUCAAGGAGGGGCACGAAAGUUUAACAUGAAGAUGAUAUGAAAUGGUCACACUAGUAGUUUAAAGGAGUUAAACGCACACUAUUGUUAUUUCAAACUGAAAUACAUUUCUACUACCAGUCCUGCAUAUAACUAUGGGUUCAGAUUUUAAGACACAGAGGGUUUUAAUGGGAACAAUGAAUAAUGUAGUUGCUGAGAAUUGCUUUCCAUCAGCACCUAUUUAUAAUCUAACCUUACUUUUGGCGUCUUGGGAUAUUUUCGAUAUUUAUUAAGACAUUUAUGAUGAAUUACAUACUUCCAGCUGGCAUUAGGUACCCUUUUAAAUUUUCUCAUGUGAGAAGGCCCAGCUUGUAGUGAUAUAUAAUAACCAUUAAAAAUACUACCAUGCAAUUUUCUACAAAACAUGUCGCUUUAAAAUGAAAUUUCAGUUAUGCUUUUAAUAUUUCGGAGGUUGUUGUGAGAAAAGUCAGAGAUGAUUUAGAUUAUAAUUAUUUAAGAGGUGCUUUCU